UCGGGAUGUCACCCGCUGUCCCCAAGGCGCUGGCAGGACCCGGCCGUGUGUCCCCCCCUCCCCCGCGGUGUCACCCGCCUGGGGACAGGCUGGUGCCACCUCAGCAGCCAGAGCCUUCCCGCUUUGUGUCCCCAACAAUGGCAGCGCCACGUGCCGGGGGCCCUGUCCCCUCCCGGGGGACAGCGGGACACGGGGACAGCGGGACACGGGGACAGCGGCACCGCGGCUGCUGACGGCGGGAUGUCGCCGGGGGCGCUGCUGUGCGGGGCCAGCGGCCUGGCGCUGCUGGUGGCCGCCACCGCCACCCCGUUCUGGCUGCAGCGCCGGGCACCGGGGGGCACCGCCAGCCUGGGGCUGUGGCACGGCUGCCUCGGGGGACAGUGCCACCCGCACGCCACCGCCCCAGCGCUGCUGGAGGCCACGCGGGCGCUGCUGCUGCUCUCGGUGCUCGCCGCCGCCGCGGGGCUCGCCCUGGGCCUGCCCGGGGGCACCGGCGGGGCCCGGCGGCAGCGGCAGCGAGCGGCGGGGGGCACCCUGCUGCUGGCCGGGCUGCUGGCGCUGCUGGGGCUCGGGCUGGGCUCGGGGGGGUCCCUGGCCCUGCUGGGGCCCCCCCGCAGCUCCUGGAGCUUCUCCUGGUCCUUCAUCCUGGCCUGGGUGGCGGCGGCGCUGCUGGGCUCGGCCGGGAUUUUCCACAUCUGCUCGGCUUCCAAGGAUCCAUCCCCGGAGAGCUCCGAAACUGGGGGGUCCUGAGGGGGCUCCCCGUCCUCCCCCCAGUUUUGGGGUUCCCCCGGGUGUGCUCAGCUGGGUCUGGCCUCUUCUGAUCCCCCCCCCCUUCCCGUUCCCAGUUUUCCCCUUUUCCCAAAUUUUGCUGUGCCAAUAAAGC